AAUUGAAUAUAUAAAGAGCCGGCAGUUCUGUAUUUCUGUUCAGUAAUUAUCGAGUCAGUACACAACAGUCUCACAACAUGAGAGCCCUCGUGAUAUUCGGAAUCACCUUUCUGGCGACAUCAUGGGGAAUGUCCAUCCCGGAAAAUCCUGAAGCUCUGCGGACGGUCUCCAAAGGAAUGAAUCUGUUCGCUAGGGAAUUCUACAUGAGAAGCGUCAAAGAUAUGAACAAGAAUUUCGUUAUGUCACCAAUCGGCAUCAGUAUGGUGCUUUCAAUGGCAUCCUUCGGUGCAGGUGGUAAUACGAAAACCCAAAUGCAGAACGCCCUAAAUAUGCCCACCGAUGAUACUGUGGCGAAGAGUGGAAUCAAGUCAAUGAUGGAUCAGCCUAAAGAUAUGAAGGGCGUUGAAUUGAUAAUGGCCAACAGGAUUUUCACAAACACUGGCGUAGAAAUGAAACCCACGUUCAAGGAAGUAACGGAGAAGACCUUCGACUCUGCCGCUCAAAGUCUGGAUUUCACAAAGCCCGAGGCUACUGAUAACAUCAAUGCCUGGGCUGCGGAGAAGACGAAUAACAAAAUUCAAAAUUUGAUGAAACCAGAUGACAUCAAAGAUGCUUCAAUGGUGCUUGCUAAUGCUGUAUACUUCAAGGGAAAAUGGGAAAAGCCUUUUAACGCACUGAUGACGACGCCGAAAAUGUUUCACACGGAUGACAAGAUCACUAAGGAUGUCCCAAUGAUGAGCAAGAUGGAUCAUUUGUUUUAUGGAGAACUACCUAGUGUGAAUGCAAAAUUUGUGGAAUUACCAUAUGAGCGCGAGAAGGGUUCUACGGGCAACCAUGUCAGCAUGUUCCUGAUUGUACCAAACGAAAUUAACGGGUUGAAGGAUAUCGAGAAGAAUCUAAAAACUCUCGGGAUGGAUACGAUUCGCAAACACGGAGUAAUGAGGGAUGUGGCACUUGAGAUGCCCAAGUUUAAAAUGGAGAGCACCACAGAUUUGAAGCCUGUGAUGGAAGAGAUGGGAAUGACCGAUAUGUUCAGUGAUAAGGCGGAUUUCACCGGUAUCGCCGAUUCACCACUAUUAAAAAUUACCAAAGCAAUGCAAAAAGCUAUGAUUGACGUGAAUGAAGAGGGGAGUGAAGCUGCUGCGGUCACCACAAUGAUUGUAGCCCCAAUGUCAUUGCCUAUACCUCCGGAACAACCAGUGACUCUGGUCAUUGACAGACCUUUCUACUUCGCCAUUGCCAUGUUGAACAACGAGUUGGAGGGGGGCCCGGCGAGAACUAUGCUUUUCAGCGGUCGUGUAAUGGACCCCACACAGUAAAAAAAUCAGUAAAAAAAUUGAUUAAUAUAUGCACUGCAAUACUCGAAAAUACCGAGGUGAUUAUGUAACCCACAUUGAAUAAAUAUUCGGACGAAUAAAAAAUGA